AUGACCCUCGUGAUGUCUAGCAACAGAGGAAUCUCCCUUCUCCUAAACAACCUUUUCAAAUGGGUAGAGACCAUCCAUGGAGAAACUGGCAUGGUGUACAAAACACUGAGGUAUCAGUUCUCCAUGGAGUUCCCAUACUACAUGCCCACAGUGAAGUUCCUCACACCCUGUUACCAUUCCAAUGUGGACACCCAAGAUAACAUCUGCCUGAACAUCCUCAGGGACUACUGACCCGCCCUCUACAACAUCAGAACCAUCCUGCUCUCUAUCCUAAGCCUGCUGGGAGAACUCAACAUCAACAGCCCUUUGAACACGUGUGCUGCCAAGCUCAGGAAAAAUCCCACAGCCUUUAAGAAGCACCUGCAAGAAAUUUACUCCAAGCAAGUUUCCAACCAAGAGCCCUACGAGAGGUUGUUCAGCUUCUCAGUUAAAGCAACAGCCAGGCACAGGGGCCAGUACUGCAGCCUUAGUCUGGGAAGACCCCGGCAGCGGGUCACGCGCAGAAAGACGGCGGGUCAAAGCUUCCGUCUGUCCGGGGCACUGGAACGUUCAGUGCCAGGAACACGCCCUCGAGGAACAGGGACCAGGGACUUCAGUGUCCAGCAUGAAGUCGCGAAGGGGUUCCCAGAGGAUGAAGGCCGCAUCCCCGCGGUGAGUGAAGCCGGCCGGCACCAGAGGGAGGAAGCUAACCAGGCGUUCCAAGCCGCCCACCGGGCGUCCGGGGGCCACCCCCGGCGUCCCGGGAGCUCACUCAGGCAUCCCGGAGGGCCCACUCUGGGGCCCUGGGGGCUACCCCUGGCAUCUGGAAGCGGCCACCCGCCGUCCGUCUUCCCGAAGGUUAACCCUGGACCGCAGGCGCCCCUCGUCGUCUGCAAGACGACCCCUACCGAGCGGAGGCGUCUCCCGAUCGUCCCAGAACGACGCCGGCGCCCUGAAGCGCCCACCCGCCGUCCGGAGGACUGCCCCAGGAGACCGGAGGCGCCCACCCGCCGUCGCGAAGACUAUCCCGCUUCCCCAGGCCCACCCCGGCCUCGGGCGGCGCCCACCUCAGCGUCCGGGGAGGAUCGUCCCGGGGGGAUCCUCCGGCUGAGGAGCCGGCCGAGGCCCCGGUGCGGGCGGGGAGAUGGCGGAGGGCCGGCCCGCGGUGCCGGAGGCGGCCGGUACUCACCGAGCCUCGGGCGCGCCGGCCGUCGAGCCCCUCCUCCCGGGGCUGGGGUCCUGGGCUUCCGCGGCACGUCGGGAGCGGGGCGGGCGCGCGCGAAGCUAAGCAACGCGCACCGCGGGCGAGCGCAGGCGCGGGCGGCCCCAGACAAGACGGAACCAACUCGCGCCGCAGGGGGAAGCCGGCGCGAGGACGUACCAACUGUGCGAGGGGGUGCCCACGAGCCCGAGGGCCACGUGACCUGCGAGUGUGCUUCGCCAUUCCGUUUGCAAACAGUUGAAGGGAAACCAAAGAGGUCGACAGGAACCCUGAGCCAGUCAGUCAGUCUUCUCUGCAAGUCAAAACUCCUCCAAGCCGAAGUGAAUUAUACUAAAAUCAUCUGUUCAUGUGAUGGUUCUUGA